UAUGUGGUCUGAUGAUGUCAUUCUGUCAAAUGUUUGUUGACAUUUGUGGUUUCGAUAAAAUAAAAAGAUUUUAGUUUUGGUAGGUGUGGUUAUAAAUCUUUCAAAAGUUCAAUCAAAUUCUCGGUAGAAGGACUAAAUUAUUGAGUCAUAAAAAUGGAUGGAAGACUACCGGCGUGUGUUAUCGAUGUAGGAACGGGUUACACCAAACUAGGUUUUGCGGCAAACAAGGAGCCACAGUUCAUAAUUCCUUCUGCUAUUGCGAUAAAGGAGAGUGCAAAAGUGGGUGAGACAACUUCUAGGAGAUUGAAUAAAGGCGUUGAAGAUCUCGACUUUUUUAUUGGAGAUGAAGCAUUCGAUGCCACCGGAUAUUCAGUUAAGUAUCCAGUGAGACACGGACUUGUUGAAGACUGGGACUUGAUGGAAAAGUUUCUGGAGCAGUGUAUUUUCAAAUACCUCCGUGCUGAACCAGAAGAUCACUACUUUUUGCUCACCGAACCUCCUUUGAACACGCCAGAAAAUAGAGAAUACAUUGCUGAAAUAAUGUUUGAAUCUUUCAAUGUUCCCGGCUUGUACAUAGCAGUUCAAGCUGUUUUAGCUUUGGCUGCGAGUUGGGCUAGCAGAAGUAGAGAGGAAAGAACCCUCACGGGAAUUGUAAUUGAUAGUGGAGAUGGUGUAACUCAUGUUAUUCCUGUUGCAGAAGGAUAUGUCAUUGGGAGUUGUAUAAAGCACAUUCCCAUAGCUGGUCGCAACAUCACCUAUUUUAUACAGUCACUUCUACGAGAGCGAGAGAUAGGUAUUCCUCCAGAACAAUCCUUAGAGACUGCUAAAGCAAUAAAAGAAAAAUACUGUUACAUUUGUCCUGAUAUAGCCAAAGAAUUUGCCAAGUAUGACACGGAUCCGGGAAAAUGGAUGAAGAAAUUUGAAGGAAUCAAUUCUGUAACAAAGCAAUUAUUUAAUGUAGAUGUAGGGUAUGAGCGGUUCUUAGGGCCCGAGAUAUUCUUUCAUCCUGAGUUUUCGAAUCCAGAUUUCACAAUACCUAUCUCCCAAAUUGUUGACGAUGUUAUUCAGAAUUGUCCGAUUGAUGUUCGUAGACCAUUAUAUGACAAUAUUGUUCUUUCUGGUGGUUCAACCAUGUUCAAGGAUUUCAGCAGGAGGCUACAGAGAGAUAUUAAAAGAACUGUUGAUGCUAGACUCAAACUUAGUGAAACGCUUGGAGGAGGACGGUUGAAGCCCAAACCUAUUGAUGUACAAGUUGUGUCACAUCAUAUGCAGCGGUAUGCCGUCUGGUUUGGUGGUAGUAUGUUGGCUUCUACACCUGAGUUUUAUACAGUGUGCCACACGAAGGAAGAUUAUGAAGAAUAUGGACCUAGUAUCUGUAGGCAUAAUCCAGUAUUUGGAACAAUGACGUAACUCGUUCCUUUUCCUUUUUUUUACCUAAUAUAGAUUGAAAAACUGUCUCCAAGAUAUACUGUUGAAUAUAAGCUUUAAUUUAUCUGAA